AUGUCGUUCAACGCUACAAUGCUGCCUCCAAAGGCAGCACACCCAACUGCUGCAGAACUCUACGGCGCAGCGGGCACAGACUUUGACACGCUCUCCACCCUCGAAAAGUGGUGGGUACAGUGGUAUCUAUACUUUGGAGACCCGGUAAUUGCAACUGGAAUGCUCAGUUUCAUCCUGCAUGAGAUCGUCUACUUUGGACGCUGUAUCCCUGGAUCAUUAUUGAUUCUAUUCCCUAUUUCCGUCGUUGGAAGCUCCAGCCAAACAAGGAAUCUGGCUCUUCCAUCCUCUCACCGAAUUCUUCGGAAUGCAAACGUGGCAGUCCCCUUCCCAGACUACACCACCAUUGCCCUCCAAGUGGCCGGCUUCUUCGUCUUUGAAGAUUUCUACCACUUUGUCGCCCACCAAGCGCUCCACUAUGGUCCUCUCUACCGCAACAUUCACAAGCUCCACCACAAGUACAGCGCACCCUUUGGUCUCGCGGCAGAGUAUGCCCACCCGCUCGAGACGCUCAUCCUUGCCCUCGGCACACUCGGCGGUCCAAUCCUCUGGACAAUGUACUCUGGAAACUUCCAUAUCGUCACCAUGUACGUCUGGGUCACCCUCCGCCUCUUCCAAGCCGUCGACGCCCACUCUGGCUACGACUUCCCUUGGUCGCUCCAGCACAUUUUGCCAUUCUGGUCUGGUGCAGAUCACCACGAUUUCCAUCACAUGGCGUUCACCAACAAUUAUUCCACUUCGUUCCGCUGGUGGGAUCAUCUCUUUGGCACCGACGACAAGUACCGUGCGUACAAGGCAAAGCUCAAGGCUGCAAAGGCACAGGGCAAGGACGUUAAAAAGCUCGAGGCCGAGCUUCUCGAAGCGACCGAACGUGAGGGACAGAUUGCCGAAAAGGUUGCAGAGCAGACUGCCAUCUGGACAAAGGCAUCGAGCAAGGUCAAGGUUCAGUAG